AUGUCUGCGGAGCUCCAGGAGCCGGGGCCAGAGGGGCCUGAGAGGUCCCCGGGGUCAGGCGGGCACUCAGGGGCCUCUGGCUCAGGUCAGUGUCCUCCUCUUGCCACGCCUGCCCCCUGGAGCCUGCCCCGCUGGAGAGCGUAUGUGGCUGCGGCAGUGCUCUGCUACAUCAACCUCCUCAACUACAUGAACUGGUUCAUCAUCGCAGGAGUGCUGCUGGAUGUACAGAAGUUUUUCGGCAUCAGUGACAGCAGUGCUGGUUUGCUGCAGACGGUCUUCACCGGCUGCCUGCUGCUGUCUGCACCCGUGUUUGGCUACCUGGGUGACCGACAUAGCCGUAAAGCCACGCUGAGCUUUGGGAUCCUCCUCUGGUCAGGGGCCGGCCUCUCCAGCUCCUUCAUCCCCCCGCAGUACUCCUGGCUCUUCUUCCUGUCCCGGGGAGCGGUGGGCAUCGGUGCCGCCAGCUACUCCACCCUCGCGCCCACCAUCCUGGCCGACCUGUUUGUGAGGGACCAGCGGACCCGGGUCCUGGCUAUCUUCUACAUCUUCAUUCCUGUUGGAAGCGGUCUGGGCUACGUGCUGGGGUCAGCGGUGAAGGCGCUGACAGGGAACUGGCAUUGGGCCCUGCGGAUCAUGCCCUGCCUGGAAGCUGUGGCCUUGAUCCUGCUGCUCACGCUGGUUCCAGACCCGCCUCGCGGAGCUGCCGAGAAGCAGAGGGAGGUGGGGGCCCUGAGGAGCACCUGGUGUGAGGAUGUCAGAUACCUGGGGAGAAACUGGAGUUUUGUGUGGUCGACCCUUGGAGUGACAGCCAUGGCCUUUGUGACGGGAGCUGUGGGCUUCUGGGCCCCCAAGUUUCUGUUUGAGGCUCGCGUGGUGCACGGGCUGCAGCCUCCCUGCUUCCAGCAGCCGUGUGACAGCAAGGACAGCCUGAUUUUUGGGGCACUGACCGUUGUGACUGGCAUCAUUGGGGUGGUCCUGGGAGCAGAGGCUUCGAGGAGGUACAAGAAAGUCAACCCGCGGGCCGAGCCCCUCAUCUGCGCCUCUAGCCUGCUCGCUGCAGCCGUCUGCCUCUACCUGGCUCUCAUCCUGGCCCCCACCACUCUCCUGGCCGCCUACGUGUUCCUGGCCCUCGGGGAGCUGCUUCUGUCCUGCAACUGGGCAGUGGUUGCUGAUAUCCUGCUGUCAGUGGUGCUGCCCAAGUGCCGGGGCACGGCAGAGGCGCUUCAGAUCACUGUGGGCCACGUCCUCGGAGAUGCCAGCAGCCCCUAUCUCAUCGGACUGAUCUCCAGUGUCCUGCGGGCCAGACGCCCUGACACCUACCUGCAGCGCUUCCUCAGCCUUCAGCAGAGCUUCCUGUGCUGUGCUUUCGCCGUCGUCCUCGGGGGCGGCUGCUUCCUGCAGGUUGCACUGCACCUGGAGGAAGACCAGGCCCAGGCCCAGCAGCCUGGCUCAGGGACCCCGGAAAACAAGGAUGCGGAGUGCCAACGCCUGCUUCCUGGCACGGACGCUUCCACAGAGGACUCCUGA